AUGUCGGGAGUGUGGGAGAGACUGAUUCGUGGUGUUAAACAAUUGUUGAAGGCUAUAUUAGGAAAGACAUUAGUUAAAGAAGACGUCUUGAGAACGGUGUUAUCAGAAGCCCAAGGGUUUGCCAAUUCCAGACCUCUGUGCCCAAACUCGGACGAUCCUCGGGACAUGGAGCCGUUAACUCCGAAUCAUCUGUUACUUCCUACUGGAAAAUUUGACGAUGCUGAUUUGUACUGCCGAAAAUCACAAAUUUUGAUACAGACAGAGACAAUCACAAAUUUUGAGCGACCAUUUUUGGAAACGGUGGUUACAUGA